AUGCUGGCUUUUGCGCAGAAGCCUGUCGCACCAAUUACUGAAGAGCAGGAGCCAAGCAGACCCAGGAAAAGGCGGAAGAUUGAGUCCGCGACUAACCAGACGGAAAGACGCAGCACGAGAAGUCAAAGUAAGCGGAUCGCAGCUUCUGGUUCGCAGGCUGGGCAGGAGCCAGCAUCUACAUAUCAAGAGGUGGAGGACAGCGAACAUGAGGGUAGUGUAUACCAAGAACAUUCGCCACAAAGGAAGCAAACACAGUCACCACUUGAGCAAAAUGGAAAAGAACCUGAUGACGGUCUAGUAGCAUGUCCGUGCUGCACUAGACGCAUGAAAGAAGCAAACAUAAAUGCUCACCUCGAUCGCUGCAUCCAGGGCCUCGCUUCAAGCCCUGUACCUGAACCAACCACACAGAAUGCUACCACAACAAAUGGUGCAAGUUCGUCGCUCGCAUUCGCCCAACGGACCAAGUCUCCCGCGACUACGUCGCAGAAAGAUCGUCUACCAAGCAUAAAUUAUGCGCUUUACACAGAAAGCUCACUCAGAAAGAAGCUGAAAGAGCUCGGUAUAUCUGCGCUGGGCAACAAAGAGCUUAUGCGUAAACGACAUAUCGAGUGGGUCAACUUAUGGAACGCGAAUUGUGAUUCAGUGCGGCCACGAUCGAAGAAGGAGCUGCUCAAGGAUCUUGAUACGUGGGAACGAACUCUUGGGAGACAAAUAGAAAGAGGCAAGGAUGGUUCGAAUGGAGGAGUUAUGGUCAAAGAUUUUGACAGGCCUGGCUGGGCGAAAGCUCAGAAAGAUGAGUUUGCUGAUCUUAUCCAAAAAGCCAAGGAGAAGAGGCAGGCGAAGAUGACUACGGUAGCAAAUUCUGAUGAUUCUGAGGGACAUGAACCAAACGAAGAUACAAGGAUGGACGACACUUCAGAUGACAGCGACCACACCAUGCAGGCAUCCGACAUACCUACUGGCGUCGUGGAAGACAACGCCGCCCCAGGCGUCUCAAUCGCAGCAGAAAUCUCAGCACACAAAGAAAUUCCACAGCCUCCUGAUGAAAUUGACGAUCAAGAACGCCCAGUCCUGCCAUAUGACAAGGACGAACCCAUAACUCCUUCCAAGCAAAAAGUGGCUGCAGAGGCAAAAGAAGCACCCAUAGAUUUGACCUCUAGUCCCGCAGCAGACGCCAGGAAGCCGACGAAUUUUGAGAAUGUUCAGCCAGCUGAGGCAGGGACACCGAGAAAGAAGAAUUUGUUUUUCUCGUAA